AUGAAGGGCCACACGGGCGAGGGGUUCCUGUCCGAGGGUCACCGCCUCGGCGGCGGCGGGCAGAAGCCCAUGCACGAGGCGCGGCGGCUGGCCCGCGCAGCGCAGAGAGGCGACGCGCCAGAGGGGCAUGGACGGUCACCGCCCGCGGGGCAGAGGCUCGGUGGAGCUGCGCCGAGCCCCGGGCAGGAUAUACGAAGGACGAUCGCCGGGGCGGCGGAGCGGCGCAAAUACGACGCUGCAGGGGUUGUGGCACCGAACGGGUUCCUGCACGCGGCCCGAGGAGGACGCGGGCGACCGAGGCCGCCCAUUUCGCAGCGCUUGUGGGAAGCUCGUGCAAGAGGAGAAAAAGCAAAAGUCCGGGCAAUUACUACGUGCCCCAAGUGCCACAUCCGAGGGCAGCCAAGGAGGUGCCGUUAUGCCAAAUCAUGGCGGGCCGCCGCCGCCGCCGCCGCCUGUCCUGCGCCAGAAACGCGACCGCCAACCUCAGGAUCGGCGCUGCAGCCCCUGGCUUCAUCAUCCCGGGCACCGACUGAUCAGUCGCUGACUACGCAGAAGGGAUGGACAUGCGGCCUGUGUACCUUGCACAACCCGGCCACGUUCCUCGCCUGUGAUGCCUGCGGUACACAACGGGGAGAAGACGUGUCGCGAACAUUGUGGACACCUAACGAGGAGAAAAGACGCACAACACCACUGUCAUUAGCAACAGCAUCGGCGUCAGCGUCGACAAAAUCCACGUCGGCAUCCAUACCGACAAUAGACCUGACUGACAGUCCGCCCUCCACGGCCAAGGCUAAGGCCAAAAGUGUGCUGCCUGCGGCGACGCCCGCAAACCCUUCGGUGAAGAGCAGACCCCAGACUUGGCAGUGUUCCUUCUGUGGGACGAGAAUGGAACGAGAGUGGGUUUGCGGGCUUCAAGGGUCCAUUGAUGACGAUCCUAGGCCCCUUACUUCAGGCCAUGACGUAGCACGGCAGAGACGAGCAAGGGGAGGGGGGGGUUCAGGGCCCAAGACGGCAGGUGAUCUGCGAUGGGUGGCCGCCCCCCAGACGAAAGACCUGCAGGACUUGGCCCUCUUGGGUGCCUGGGGGGGUCGCGCUGAACCGUUCCCCGGCGCGAAAUUCGAUCUGGAAGGGUCUCUUGUGCCAAGUGUCUCGCAGCGAGUCUCCGCUGGCCCACGGAUGGGGAACCCGUUGCUCGAUCAUUGGCAAAGGGGACAAUCCCAUUUGGCCCUGGUCGCCAAGCUCCAUCCAGCUCGCUGA